AUGAAACUCUUCUUCCUCCUCUUCAUCCUCAACCAACUCUCCUCCCUCACCGCCAUUUCUCCAACCUCACGUUCCCUUCUCUCCCUUCCACCUAAGGCAGAAACUGCGCUGAUUGCUACGCUAGAUGGGACGUUGUAUUUGAUGGACAGUCAGGACAAUGCUCCCAUGACGGUGAUAUGGUCGUUCUCGACUGGUUCGCCCAUAUACAGUUCGUAUCAAGAUUCUGGAAAUAAGGAAUGUGGUCAAGAAAGUAAUGUAUCUAAAGUGCCGGUUACCGGCUUUGUGGAGUGUGGGGAUGAUUGGUCUUUGUAUAUGCAUGACAAGCACUUUGGUAAAAUGAGAAUCUCAGAGUCUAUUGCAGAAUUUGUACUUCGUACACCUACAAUUUCAGAUGAUGGAGCUGUUAUACUUGGAUCCAAAGAAAUCAGUUUAUUUGAAGUAGAUGCUAAAACUGGAUCAGUCAUUCAAAUCCACUCGAAGUCUGAUCCUGAUAAUGUUUUUGCACCUUUGAGUGAUGCUAGGAAGAGCGUUAGAAAUAUCUUGAGUGCAGAUCAUAAGGAUCUAGCUGAUCCUAAGAAGCUAAAUUCAUCACAGACGCUGCUCAAGAUUUUUAGGACAGAUUAUUCUCUGCGGUCUGUUAGCCCCAACUCGGGAAGAGUAUUGUGGAAUUUGACAGUAGCUGAAUUCGAGGCUGUAUUAUUAUGCCAACAUACUACAUUUGAUGUAGAGGAUGGAUAUUUUUCUGACAGUGGACUCAAUUUUGCGAUGCCUUACCCAUGUCAAGAGAUGCAAAAUGUCUUCCGCGUGAAAAAGAAAUUUCUGUUAGAAUCUUUAAUCACUGAAAGUUUACAUGGGGCUUUUCCUGAAAGUGAUAUACUCUCAGUGGCCGCCUCAGAUCUGAUGAUUCCAUUGCAACCUAGUAUUGAUAGACUCCCUCAGCCUCUCAAUGAGAUUACUUCACCAGAUGAUGUUUAUUUGGACAAGAAGAGUGGAUGGUCAACUCCAUUACCUAGUAUGUUGUUUACGGUUUUUCUUUUGGUGUCGGGCUUUUCACUCAUUGUCUUUCUUCUGGUGAAGGUGAUUAAGAAUCAAGAUAUACCGAAGGACCAAAACAGAGAAUCUGAAUUGAAAAGUUCACCUGCCAAGAGAAAGAAAACACACAAGUCAGGAAAGAACCGCGGCACUAACGAUAAAAAGGAGAAACAUCUUACUUCAGAAGAUGAAGAUGCACUGACACGAAUAGAUGCUAAUGGAGAAGCAUGGAAGAACUUAAAUCAAGCUGAUGAAGGUGUUGAGGGACGGAGAAUUGGUAAAUUAUUCGUUUCAAAUGAAGAGAUUGCUAAGGGAAGCAAUGGUACCAUUGUCCUCGAUGGAAGAUAUGAUGGCCGGCCGGUUGCAGUCAAGCGUCUUGUCAAAACUCAUCACAGUGUAGCCUAUAAAGAAAUCCAAAACCUCAUUGUGUCUGACCGCCAUCCUAACAUUGUCCGAUGGCAUGGGGUGGAGAAGGACCAAGCACUCAAAUUGAUAAAAGGAAAAACGGAGACACGGAAGCAUGAUACACAAUAUCUUUGGAAAGAAAAUGGCUGCCCAUCACCUCUAUUACUGAAAUUGAUGAGGGAUAUUGUUUCCGGGGUUGUUCAUUUGCAUGAGCUAGGAAUAAUACAUCGAGAUUUGAAACCCCAAAAUGUUCUAAUAAACAAGGAAAAAUCUCUCUGUGCGAAGCUCUCUGACAUGGGAAUUAGCAAACGUCUUCGUGAAAAUAUGUCCUCUUUGGGUCAUAAUGCUACUGGUGGGGGCAGUUCAGGUUGGCAAGCCCCAGAACAGCUUGUUCAAGGACGUCAAACACGAGCUGUAGAUAUAUUCAGUUUAGGCUGUGUUCUUUUUUUCUGUAUGACUGGGGGAAGACAUCCAUUUGGACAAAAUCUUGAACGUGAUAUCAAUAUUGUGAAAAAUCGAAAGAAUCUGUUCUUAGUUCAGUUCUUUCCGGAAGCUGAGGAUCUUAUUAGCUGUUUAUUAAACCCUGACCCUAAUCUAAGGCCGAAAGCGAUUGAAGUGUUGCACCAUCCUUUUUUUUGGAGUUCCGAGACGAGACUUUCAUUUUUACGUGACACCAGUGAUAGGGUGGAACUAGAAGAUAGAGAGAUUAGUUCUAAUCUUUUGUGGGCGUUAGAAAGCACUGCCACAACAGCCUUAGGUGGUAAAUGGGAUGAAAAGAUGGAACCAGCUUUCAUAGCUAACAUUGGUCGUUACCGGCGCUAUAAGUUUAACAGUGUUCGAGACUUGUUGCGAGUUAUGAGAAACAAGCUAAAUCAUUAUGGAGAAUUGCCACAAGAAAUCCAGGAACUAGUUGGACCUGUUCCUGAAGGAUACAAUGACUACUUUGCGAACCGAUUCCCAAGACUCUUGAUUGAAGUGUAUAAUGUCAUAUGCAAGCAUUGCAAAGAGGAAGAGUGUUUUCAAAGGUAUUUUACAAAUGAUGAUUAG